AUGAAGAAAAGAAAAAGUGCUCCGAAGGUCAAGCCCGUUGCGGAGCCGAUUCUGAGAAUACCACUGGUGCCCGAAAGUGAAGUGCUGGAUCGGGAGGCCAAGUAUAUGAGCCGCCUUAAUGAUUUUUCCGUUAGUGCGGAAUUAGUCAAGCAUGCUCAUACCGACUUCUACGAACAGGAGGUUGAGCGAAUGUUCAGGGAGCACUGGGAACAUCAUCUGCGUUGCGAUGGUCUUCCACGUCCCUAUCUUCCCGUCGAAGUGCGCGAGUUUAUAUCCAAAAUGCGGUUCUACGAUGAAUUCGAUACCAAUAACUCGAUUGACUGGGCUUUGUCGGUGGACGAACGAUCUAUAUUGAAUCAGAAUAUCUUCCGGGUGGACAAAACGAGACAAACGAUGAAGACUAACAAGGAUAAUCCGGGUGAACACUACGACACAAAUGUCCAGAUGUGUCUAGACACAUUGACCGAGAUGGAUGUUAUGCUAGACAACGAGGCUGAAAUGGUGCGAAUGUCUGCAAAAAGACAGGCGGAUGUCAUGGAAGUUUACACUGAAGUCGAACUGGAAAUAGAUGAUAUCUUCGAUCGUCUUACCUAUCGAAUAUUGAAAACGCAAGAUGCCUAUAUGGACUCUGAAGAUGGAAGAGUUGCAAAGUGGAGCUACGAAUGUAAGCCCUGGAAACUGGAUUUGUGGGGUCUGCGGAAUGUCCCCAUAAUCUUUGAGAUGUUGGAAUUACCAGUAAUGUUGGCCGAGCUGAUGUCCACGGGUGUCGAGGUCCAGAUUCCGAAAAGUGUCCUGAAAGAUUGCAUAACUAUUCGAAGUUUACACACUGAUUUCGAUAACAUCUCGCAGAAUGCCAAGAGCUUUGAGACAUCGGUUUCCGCAUCGGUCAAUUACCCCAACGCUGGCAUAGUAGAUAUAGAGGAAUCGGUGAUUAACGAAUGGGUCAUGCAGCAAGAAAUUCAGGAGGAGACCCUGAAUCUGAUGUUAGGCAGGCGGAAGGAGUACGAGGAUAUGAUGGAGCUCAUCGCCGAGAGAACGGAGGCAGCUGCCAAGGCGGCAAAGAAUUCUGAUCCCGAUAAGGCAGUCAAAAUUGUGAUACCAAAGGCUCCGAAAGAGCCUCCACCAGUUCCACCCGGCAUGUUUCCCGAUAUCUACUCAGAUUUUCUCAGAAUGGAGGACAGCCAGUACUCAGGCUAUCUUGAUGAGGUAUAUCAUCCAAGGCAUCUGGACAUGCAGCCAUUCGAGAUAAAUCUUAGGGAGCGAAUCAUGUUAGGUGGCAUCUAUGCGAUCAUGUUUGUGCGACGACCUGAGCAAACGAAAUUUGAGAAGUUCAACAUUGUUUUGCAUGAGGAUGGACGGGUUCUCUACACCAUGCCCGAAAUGAAGGCCGAAAUAGAGGGGGAACAGUUACGAAAUUCGGAUAUCGCCAGAAGGACCAGGGAGACCUACCGUGGUACCAAGAUUAAGUUGGAGGACGACGAGUUGCCAUAUUUUAUCGUAACCCUGCAGUUGCCCAAGGAUCUGUGCAAGUGGAGUGAACCCGUACUUUGUCAUUUCUUGACGGAACAAGAGAUUAUUUCGACUGAUCUAAAACGCGAAACCGUCUGGUUACCGACAAUGCAAAGUACAAUAAGGCAUUCGGAAUAUGUUGAUAGGAUAGAAGGCACCCUCAGUCGUGGUAGUCGAAUUUCAGUGGAUUCUGCAAAUAUAUUUCGACCCACACUUCGUUCGUUUCUCAGACAGAGUAAAGCAGACGUGGUUCCCAUAAACGAAGUUCCUUUGGAGGACUUUAAAUUGCAAAAGAAAUUGAAUCACUUAGAGAUACGAAACUUGGAGAGAUAUUGCAUACCCCGUAUUAUCUCAUCUUUUAAGUUUCCUGCAGAUUUUGGCGACGACAAGCGAGAUGGUGGAAGGAUGGGCAUGAAAGGUUUGGUCAAGCGUCAGGAAGUCGAGGAAGUCGUUACUCAGGUCAAGAAACUAGAUUUUAAUUUUGAUGCCCAGGCGAUUAACUCUGAGCGAAUGUUUCCCCAUUUUCCCACGGUUGAUCCUAUGCAAUAUUCCCCAAUUGCCGAUGAUUCGGAACCACGACCUCUUAAUGUCACUACUGCGCUGGGACUUUUAAGAACAUUUGACGAUAUCAAAACGAAAUAUAAGGAUAAGCCCGUUGAGCUAUUAAGUCAGCCGGAUGAGCAGGAUAAGAAAUCAAAGCAAAAAAAAUUAGCCUUAAAGGAUGAUGAAGAGGUGGCAGAGGGAGGAAAACGAAAGCUAUCCAAGGUUAAUGAAAAGAUACGCUUAAGCUCUAAGCUGGAGAAGCAGGAACGGGCUAGUCUCUCCUCGGAUAAAUCAAAAACAGGAAUAGAAUCGGUGAUUGAGCAGAACGUGACCCACUGGACCACCAAGUAUGUUAAGGACGCCACACUAGAUAAAACAACUAGCAGAAUCACCUUCAAGACUGAUCGUUUGGGAUAUUUGGGUUUGGCCUUCAAGCGGUACGAACAUUUUCCCUUUCGUGAGUGGUCAUUGCAGCCCAAUGAGGAAAACCCCGAUGAGAUCAUCCUUAGCGUGGAUACAUAUCAUGUCCGUAUAUUUUUCUAUAUCACAUCCAAGGGAGUUCGGGGUUAUGUGACCGAUCUGGGUAAGGGUUAUACGGCCAAGCCAGUUAAGUAUUUGGAGAUUGUGGAGCCGAUAUCAGACUUUCGUCAAAUGCGCCAGAUGUUUGUCAGCAAGAACAUUAAUAUAUUUGCCGAAAACGAUGCCAGUUUCUAUAUCGAAAACGGCUACUUUUCUAUGAAGCACGUGGCACUUGAGCUACACACCUAUAACAUCAUGGCACUACAUUGCAAAUUGAUGAAGUUCUAUCGAUCAAGCUGGAAUCGAUUGGCCUCACGACGAGAUAUCAUCUUGGGCAUGAAGAUUGCCAAGGAUAACUCGGAUUAUUCCGAGGUUACAAUGCGACUUACUCCCGAGAAGGCCACUUUCGUUCAGAUUUCGGAAAAUUGUUCGGACAAAGUAAACGUAAUCGUGCUUACAUAUAAUGAGACUUGGCGGAACAUUAGCAACUUCACGGAUCUACAUCAGGCCAUAAACUCGAUGGUCCCCAAUGCCACGGAAGUGCGCAAUAAGGAUUCCAUUCUUCUACAUUAUGUAAUGCGAAUGCUAAAAGAGAUAAGGCUAUUAAGCUUUUCGUAGAAUUUCUCUAUAUUUUGUAAAUCCAUACUUGCUAGUCUUCAAUACAAU